AAUAAAUUUUUGUUUGCCAUCUCCAACGCAAGGCAGGCGAAUAAUUUCGGGACACCGCGUAAUUCUUACAAUUCCAUAAGAUGUUGGCCCUUGUGCGGAUCCAAGGAGCAGUGGCUUCGGCGGGUCAGGUGCGUCUCCUGUCCGCCCGCCUGCUUGCUAGCAAAUCAUCCACUGACAUCACCUCAAACCGAUGCGAAUCAACCAAAUCGCCGGCUACGGAGCACUACGAUAUAAUCAUAGGGGGCGGCGGACUGGUGGGGACCACUUUGGCCGCAGCUCUGGCCAAUAACUCCACGCUGGCGGAUAAAAAGGUACUCCUUCUAGAGGGUGCACCAGAAUUCCGAGGAUUUGAUCCGACGGGACCCUAUCAGAAUCGCGUAUCCGCCAUCAACCAAAACUCCAUAGAAUUGUUCAAGUCCAUCGAUGCUUGGUCCCACAUCGAGUCGGCUCGUUACAAGCCCGUCAAGCAGAUGCAGGUGUGGGAGUCCAACACGGAUGCACUGAUCCAGUUCCAGCAGGAUAACUUCGCCAGCGAUGUGGCUUGUAUUAUUGAAAACGAUCUGAUCCUGGAUGCGGUUUAUGCGCGGGUCAACGAAGCUUCUAAUGUGGAGAUCCUUAACAAAGCCAGAAUCCAAUGCGUCAGCUUACCCAAGGAUUCUGGCAGUAAUGUCUCCGAGCUGCAGCUUCAGGAUGGUCGCUCGUUUUCCUGCGAUCUACUUAUUGGCGCCGAUGGUGCCAAUUCAGUGGUGAGGAAGGAGAUGAAUGUGGAUGUCUUCUCGCUGAACUACGACAGGAUGGGUCUGGUGGCCACCUUGGAAUUGGGCGAAGAUGCUUGUGAUAAUUCUGUGGCCUGGCAGAGAUUCUUGCCAAAUGGACCCGUGGCUUUGCUGCCGUUGACGGAUAGACUGAGUUCCCUCGUUUGGAGCACCACCAACGAGCAGGCCAAGAUGUUGCAAGCUCUCCCGCCGGCAGAGUUUGUCGACGCCCUCAAUGAAGCCUUCUGCAGGCAGUAUCCUCGCGUCGAGGUGGCCGACAAGGCAGUUCAGGCACUGAACUCUCUGUUUGGGAACAAUGCCAGCCACCACCAAGUGCAGUACCCUCCAAAAGUUUUUGGCGUUCAAGAGAAGUCGCGCGCUACCUUUCCGCUGGGAUUCCUGCACGCCUCGUCGUACGUCUGCAACGGCGCUGCACUGGUGGGUGAUGCCGCCCAUCGUGUGCAUCCUCUCGCCGGUCAAGGCGUCAAUUUGGGCUUCAGCGACGUGAGGUAUCUGGUGGAGUCCCUGGCAGCCGGCGCAUAUGCAGGAUUCAAGCUGGGUGACAAGCAGCACCUCGUCAAGUACGAGCGCAAGUGCCUGGCCAAGAAUGUGCCCAUCAUGCUGGGUGUCCACGGUCUGCACACCCUCUACUCCACGCAGUUCAGCCCGGUGGUUUUGCUCAGGAGUCUGGGACUUCAGCUCACGCAGAAUCUGCCGCCCAUCAAAAACUUGUUUAUGCGGGGAGCGAUGGGUCAGUAGAUCAACGACAAUAAAUGGUUAAAACGGGGUAAUUAAAUCUAAAGUGUUUGCAGUUAUUCACUUCAUUUGUGAACGGAAUAAAGAGAGAGUUUAUAUCAGAGUCUAAAACCUA